UAGCUCCCUCCAUAUUAUUAGCAUCGGAAGACAUUACUCUUGAAAUAAUAAAUCAGUUAAUCCGAGGCCCUGAUCAGCUUCCUAAUAAAUUUGACUUGGCAAAUUUCCUUAACGAAAGUCCUCCAGUAAAAAUACUACUUGCACCUAAUUAUUAUUUCCAAUUUAAUACUAGCCUGGGCG